AUGGGGGAAGACUUGAUUAGAAAUCUACCAUCAGAAAUCAUGUUAGAUAUCCUCUCAAGACUCGAUGCUUGGACCGCUCCGAGGGGCAAGUGUGUUUGUAAGCUAUGGCUCGAUUUGCUCACUACUCCCGAGUUUGUCAAGUCCCAUCUUUCUAAAUCCAUCCCAGGCCUCGUUGUGAAGCUUGGAAAAUGGACGACCUUUAAAUACAAAAUGGUGGAGUUCGCAGAUGAGCCCGAUCUCAAUUGUUAUCGGAUUCGAUUGAAUACAAUCUUCAAAUUGGACCUCCCUUUUUGCAACCCAAAUAAUCUACAUAGUUCAAUUAAUGGUUUGAUGCUUUCGAUAGACUUGCGCAAACAUGGCCAUCUCACCCUUUGCAAUCCAAUCACUCGUGAAUAUAUCAAGUUUCAUCGCCCCCAACCGCCUCCCCCUGAAAUUCCGUGGAAGAUUUUUGGAUUUGGAGUGAGCAGAAUGAGUGGCCAAUAUAAAGUGGUUAGAAUUUCAGCUGGAAACCCGCGACAUGCACCUUGCAUUUCAAGAUCCGGUGAACUUGAGUGCCAAGUAUACACUAUUGGAUCAGGAUCGUGGAGAAGACUCGCCACGUGUAUCUGGUCCACACAUCUUCCGUACAAUUUGACAAUGACAUUUUUAUGCGGAAAUCUUCAUUGGUGGACACGUAAGGAUGUUCUUGCCCCAAGACAAAUAUCUCAUCUUAAUCUUGAAACAGAAUCUAUUAGCACCUUUUCUGAUCCUCCUUGUGAUGAUCGGCGCGAAAAAUGGUACAAAAGGUACCUAUGUAUUUCAAGCGAUUGCCUAUGUGUAUGCGACAACAUGGGAAUGGACAUUGAUUUAUGGGUUAUGAAGGUGUACGGAGAUGAAACAUCUUGGACAAAAGAGGUCACCAUCUGCAAAGUUGAUAUCAUUGACAUUUAUUGUUUAGAUGCUCACCCCAUUGUCAAAGUUUUAAGAAAUGGGGACAUUCUCAUGUUAUGGAAUGUGACCAAGCCAUUCUAUUAUUAUUACUACUCCAUCUCUACCAAAACUAUCGAAAAAGUUGAGUGGUUUGAUUUGAAGGACUACGUGCUCUACCGGAUAACGCAUUACACGCCGAGCUUUCUUUCUCUCAAGACCUUUGCUACUGAGAAUGUAACUUCAUUCUGA